AUGGAUAUGCCAGAUGAACCGGCCAGCAAACGCCGAUGCCACAAAGAACGCGUCCGAGUGACGCGUGCCUGCGAUGCCUGCAAGAAGAAGAAGCUACGCUGUACGGGGACUUUGCCCUGUGCCAGUUGCCUUCGAACCGGAAAACCCUGCGAGUACACGGCCGAGUACAACAGGGGCAAGCUGCCUCAGGUUCGUAUCGCCCAGCCUGCGCCAGGGACUGAACAGCAGCAGAAGCAGGCUUCAGCGGUUGAGGGGGAUAGAUCGCCGUCUUUGCAAUAUUCCCUAGUAGGUGAAAAUUGCACUAUGCCCGAGAACCACGCUGUUGAGAACCCACCCUCUCGUGCCUCACCUGAGCCUCAUCAAACGGACUUGGAAGGCCACUAUGUUGGUCCUUCGUCUGGGGUCUCCUUCCUACUUCGAGCGCAACGUAAACUCCACAAGUAUGUAGCGCUGCCCAUCAAUACACCCAUCUUCACGUUUGGAGACUCCCCGUUGCCCGAGGCAGAGUCGACCUUCAUGCUCUUACCGCCACGAAAUGAGGCCAACGCGCUUCUCACACGGUACUUUGAUUUUGCUUUCCCCACCCAUCGCUUUCUUCAUCAGCCACAGGUUGAAAGCUGGGUGGAGGAAUUCUACGGCGCCGUGCAACGCUCCGAGGGCGUCACUCCCGGCACGCGGGGAAAGCGGGCUGUAGUUCUGAUGGUUUUCGCUCAAGCCAAGCAAAGCCAACUUGACUCGGAUCAGUCGUCAGCCCGGUCUUUGGUCAGUAGUGCGGCCUACUUUGCAGCCUCGGAACAACAGCUCUCAGCUGAGACGGGACCUGUGCGAAUAACCAGUGUCCAGGCACGAUUGGCUCAAUGCUUUUAUCUUCUGUCUCAAUCUCGUAUCAACCACUGUUGGAGCUUAUUCGGCACCACCGCUCGACUCGCAAUGACCCUCGGUAUGCACCGCGCGAGAAGACGUGAGAAUGGUGCCGUUGACCAUAUUGAGUCUGAACUUCGAAAACGCGUGUUUUGGUGUGCAUACAGCCUGGAUAACUAUCUGAGUGCGGCCCUUGGUCGCCCACGGAUCUUUCACGAUGACGAUAUUGAUCAAGACUUUCCUACCGUUGCUGAUGACUCGCGGAUUCUGCGAGACCAAAUCCUUGCCUCCGAGUCAACGACACAAAGUAUCAUGCUCGCCCCUCUAUACCAUGCCAAGUUGUCUGUCAUAAUUGGUCGCAUCCUGCAUGACAUGUACGGCAUUCACAGGGGUAGCUCCCAAGCUGAAGUCGCAGCCGCCGCUCAACAUGGUGCUCAUCUUACCCGCUGGCGUCAAGAACUGUCCGGAUUUCUUGACUCCUCGAAUGUGGACCUGUUGAUGCUGACAUACCAACGCCAAUACACGGUGCUCAAUCUGGCCUUUUACCAUGCACAGAUCCUGCUUUACCGACCUUUCAUCCUGCGGCACUUUGGAACCAACAAUCGCGAGAGAUCACGCAAUGAUUCUUCCAGCAGAGCUGUUGACCAAUACAUCAAAGUCUGUCUUGUAGCGGCCAUGAAGAUUGCAGCAAUCAUUCGCGAGCUUUGUGAGAAACGGCGAAUGUAUAGCACAUUUUGGUUUACACAUUAUUAUGCAUUCUCGGCCAUUAUGAUUCUAUAUUUGCGCGUCAUUCAGCUAGCUGCGCAGAAGGGCGAUGGCGGGGAAGUUUCCAAAUACCUACACACCGGGGAGCGCGCCCAACGAGAUCUCGCCGGUUGUUGCUCUCAAUCUUCCUUUGUGCAGCGCUACGUCGUUGUGCUCGAAGAGCUUCGCCAAGAGGCUCGGAUUGCAGCAAACCAAACUGACCAUCCACCAGAUGCCACGAGGGAUCAGACAUUUUCUUAUGGCGGGAACCAAGGCAUUGGGCAAUUGGGCCCCCAGGCAUUCCGGCCAGAUGAGAUCGAGGUAAAUCGCAUGGAAGUAGCCGAGAGACUGCAGGGUAGCAACUUGAUGCCUGCUGUGAUGGAGUCUGAUAUUCCCGGAUGGACAGAAGGCGGGGCCGAGGAUAACUUUCCGGUGCCGGCGUCAUCCGGACUUGCAGAUUGGGAAGGACUCGACUCUCUGGCUAUUGCAGGACUGGGAGAGUUGGACUACCUGUUUAGCCACGGGGGAAGUUGA